CGAACGCAACGAACGGCUUUGUUGCUUUUGCUUUUGCUGCUUCUCUCAUCAAAUCACAAACAGUCACCACCACCAGCGAUACCAACGAUAACGAUCUUGCCUGAGCAGCACCACGACGACCAAGACACCGAGAAGACCCACACACCACCAACAGCACACACGCACACAAAUUCACACAUACAGGCACCAUGGCGACAAUGAUGGUUGCUGCUCGCCGCGCUGUGCGCGCAGCCGUUGGCGCACGCCGUCUCAUGUCUGCUCAUUCGUUUGACAUCACGUCCACGGCCGACUUCAAGUCCCGCGUGCUCACCUCAGACACGCCAGUCCUCGUCGACUUCACAGCCGCCUGGUGUGGCCCAUGCCGCAUGCUCAAGCCCAUUCUUGAGAAGGCAGUCGCAGAUCAAGACGGCAAGGUUCUCCUUGCAAAGGUUGACGUUGAUGCCAACAGCGAACUCGCUCAGGAGUUUCAGAUUGCGUCUGUGCCCACGGUGCUUGGCAUGAAGAACGGCGCUGUCGUCAACGGGUUCAUGGGUGUGCAGGAUGCCGCCGGUGUGAACAAGUUCAUUGUGGACCUCCUUGACGAGUGAAUGUGAAGUUGUCGCUUCCACUCACUGUAUCGUGUUCUGUCCGUGGUUAUUGUUUGUUUGUGUGUGUGUGUGUGUGUGUGUGUUUGUGUGUGUGUACUGCGUGUCCUUGUCUGUGAGAGAGCCUCGACUCCUAAAUCCUUUCACCACCAAUUGAACAGUGGUACUGUGUGAACGACCAUCUCACGACGCCAAAGCCAAGUCCAGUCCAAGCGCUCAACACAAAUCAAAUCAAACACGACGCACAGCGCCGUGAUCUUGUUGUUGGCGAUUGUGAAUAUGACGACAAUAAAUCUUUCGUGGAUGGAAGCGCGCCAAAAAACCGCCAAAGACGCAAACGCGAACAAGGACCACCACUACAAGCAGCAGCCAACCA